AGACAGCGAUGCAGACAAUCACGCAGGAGUUGUUUGUUGUGACAGGCAAACAAAAUUGAAAGCAGGGGAAGGAAGCUUUGAAUGUGCGGAAAAGUAGCCCUACAAGAUCUUAGAGGAAAAGAUAGGCUUUUGAUAUAUGCGAGAGAGUGAGAUUUUCUAGGGGUUUCUGGAAUUUACGACUCCCUUCCCUCGCCCGCAAUCAUAGGAUUUCUGGUAUUCAUCCAAUCAAGGGAAGAAAUCACAUUGUUCUUGUGUGUUGCUUGGAAUAAGAUCUUGGAAGAUGAUGAUAUGCUACAGUGGUCUCGCCAAGUUGAAAACAAAGCCAAUAGUGUAUCAGGAUGUGCUCAUUGCCAACAAUUCUGGAACACUUCAACAACUUAAAGAGCUCAGUUCCAAGCGCAAGGCAAUCGAGGAUACCAUUAAUGAGAACAGCCACCUUACAGAGGCCAUCGCAAGGGAAGUGCACGGAGGUCUAACAUCACAUUGUGAACAGGACAUGCAGAAACUAGAACAUUAUAUGCCUUUAUUGGAGAACCUGAUUCACUCCGUCAACGCCGAAGGAAACUGUGCUCAAAUCACUUCCUGGAUUUCAAACCUUAGAAUAAGAUGGAGCAGCUCUUUUACUACUUCAUCAAACAUCUUUAAUGUAAAGGGUCCAAAAUUCUAUCAGGUCAAUGACCUGUAUUUCGAGCUUGGAAUGAUUCUUUUCCUCUAUGGCUCAAUACUUCGCGAGAGGGCUCUGGAAGUGUUAUCUUCAGAUCUUGUGCAAUCUGCCACAAUUUUCAGAAGAGCUGCUGGAGUGUUCAAAUAUGUGGCUGAGGAAAUACUUACUCAUAUAUGUCAAUCCGGGGACAGACCACCUGAAGCCAUGCCUUGUACAUCUGCCAUCAUGAGUUUUAUUUGCUUGGCAGAGGCACAGGCUGCAACUGCAAGAAAGGCUGAAGAAAAUAAUAGUUCGGGUGGCCUUAUAGCGAAAUUGCACUACGGCCUUGUAGAAUUUUUGGACGAAACAAUCAAGAUGUUGCAACUCAAUGGUAAAGAAUGCAAGCCGGCUCGCCUUUUGGAUUAUGUUUUAAGUUGCAAGACAUUACACAAACUGAAGUGUGACAAACACAGAGCGGAUGGCCUAAAAAAUGAAGGCAGAAUUGGUGUUGCAAUUGGAGUAGUUCACCGAGCAUUAGCAAAUGCUAAGAAAUACGUACCAAAAGAAGAGUCGUGGCGAUCAGUGCACAGACAGGCUGUCGGAGAGUUGAGUGAAGUGUUGAGAAGAUAUGAGCAUGAGAAUGAAUUUGUAUGGCAUGAGAAGAUCCCAUGGAGUGAUGAACUUCCUUUGCCUCAAUGUGCAAAAAUUGUGAGUGUUAUCCCUCAUCAACCCCAGCAAUGGGAAGUAAAACUGUCAUUCAAAUCUGUACAGUGAGCACCUGCACCUCUUGUUGUGGGGAAGGCAGGGACCUCUUCACUUGGUUCGUUUUUUUUUUUUUUUUUUUUUUUUUUUUUUUUUUUAUAUUCUUUUUGGAACUUUGAUCAAUUGGUUGAGGUUGCUUGAU